GUUUAAUUGUUGAUUUGAUGAAAACCAAAGGGAAAUACAUACCUGGCAGUACCAAUGGCAAGGUACCUUGCCAACCCAGGAAGACAAUCUGCAUGGCUUUCACAGCUUUCUCAGCCAUGGCGCCCCCCCAUGUGCCCACCUGAUACCUCUUUUCGAGGUCCUGAAGGUCGCCUUUUGUUUUCUCAGCUUCGGAACUCUUUGAUGGGAGCAAUUUUGGGCGCCCUUCAACAUUAGCUGUUCGAGCAGGUCAGGAAACUUCGUGAUCACAUUUUGUUGCGAUCCAACAUUCGAGCAAUUGCGGCGCUUCAGUUCCACAAAAGCGGGGCUCUACAUCAAGCAGGACGUACAACUGGGAAAGCAAUUGGGCCCAGCUCAGCGUCUUUUGUAUGCUGGGGUGCAAUCAGAUCGCUGCAAUGGAAGCGAUGAACGGCAAAGCAGCUGCUGAGCAGUUUGACUUUCAAGAGACUGACCAUGGACGGCAGCGCUUCUUGCUUGAGCUGGAGUUUGUACAGCUGUUGGCCAAUCCGGCAUAUAUCAAUCACCUCGCACAAAACCGGUUCUUUGAGGACCCUGCUUUUGUAAAGUAUCUACAGUAUCUCCAGUACUGGAAACGUCCGGAGUAUGCAAAGUUCAUUGUAUAUCCCCACUGUCUCCACUUUCUCGACCUGCUUCAAGAUGAGCAGUUCAGAAAGGUAGUGGCGUCCACACAAAACAAGGAGCUUCUGCACACCCAGCAGUUUUAUUUCUGGAAGUACUACCGUACGAACCGACUGCGAAAGCAUCGUGAAAGCAGACAAGAUGAGCCACCCGAUGAGAAAAGUGUAGAUCCUCUAGAUGGGUCGCGAUCGACCCUAGAAGGUGGACAAGCAGCAGCUGUUAGUGUAGGGCCAGAGAUAGAGGUCAAAGAUGCAUUCGCUAUGGACAGGAAACGGAAGGAGCCAGGCUGAUGUAUAUAAAGAAGAUUUGUCAACCGUCAACACAUCCUUACUUUGCUCGAGGGCUUGUGACGUUGACAGCGCGUGACCGCAAGUUCCUUCAUGAAAAGAUUGAUCGAGGCUCGCAUGUUCCGGAU